CGUCGCGACCGCGGGACGCGCCGCAGCGCUGUAGUCUCUAGAACGAUGCGGUGGGAAGGCGAGAGAGCGAGAGCGAGAGCGAGAGCGCUGCCGACGAAACAUGGCGUGUGUUUUGUUUGCGUACGCGAGAGAAUCAACGAGGAUGGUCACGCGCGUUACGUUGAAUUACGGCGGAUACGUUGAACGCUGUGCUCGCCGAGUGCUUUAAUGUCGCGUGAAUGUCGCGGCAGCUGGUGACGCGGCUGGAUCACAUGUGCCCGGAAUCGCGGGAAAGCGGCGCGUUGACGCGAUGAACGCAACGAGCCUGUACGUCUCGACGUGCCGGCUGGUGCUGCAGGCAGACGCCGAGGACCCGAACUCCUGGACGGACCUUUACAGGCUGGUGCCGUAUCUGCGACAGAGCCUGAGCUGCACCGUGUGCUCGAACCUGCUGAUCGAGCCGCACACGCCGACCGAGACCAACUGUCAGCAUCACGUGUGCCGCGGCUGUCGCGGCGGCCGCAAGAAGCUCAAGCCGUCGUGCGGCUGGUGCAAGGACUAUGACAAGUACGUGGAGAACGUGCAGCUACGGAUACUGCUGCAGUGCUACAAGAAGCUAUGCGAGUACCUGACCAGCACCGGCAUCUACCGCACUCUGCUGCUCGCUGUAACGUCCGCCAGCGGUGCCACCACCAACGGCGCGCCGUCCACCGUCGGCGCCAGCAGCCUCAUGGAACUGAUUCAGGAAGGCGCGGGAUUCAAGGAUGAGUUCAAGAGCAACGCAGGUCUGUCCAAGUCUGCCUAUAGCAUCCUACCGUGUGUCUACACCAGUACCACGUCCACGCAGACCCAGGCAAACAGCGUUCAAACCACCGAGGCAAUGUCACAGAGCAUACCUGCAGAAUCACCGACGAUUCGCACGGUAUCGAACGGCUCCUCCAUAUACUCGGUGAUGUACGCUGGGUCCGGCAACAAGAUUACGAUAAAACGGAAGGCGGCCGCUACGGAGGACACGGAUACGGGGCAGCAGGAGAUGGAUGGAAGUCAACAUGGCUCUGUAGGAGGGGUAAAAUGCAUUCCGUCUUCCCACCUUAAAUAUGGGACCCCUUCUGAGAAAAAAUCUUCAAAGAGCAGCAAAUCCUCGGGCAGUUUUAAAAAGCCGAGAUCCAGUUCCGCGAGAAGUAAAAGGAAAGGCUGUAGGUGCGGCAACGCCACCGCGAUACCCGGAAAGCUCACCUGCUGCGGUCAGAGGUGUCCUUGUUACGUCGAAAGUAAACCCUGCGUAGAGUGUAAAUGUCGAGGUUGCAGAAAUCCUCACACGGCAGAUGGAUUAAAGAUCCGUCCACACAUACCUGAACUUCACAAUUUACAAUUGCAACUGUCCACGUCGUUGGAUUGUGAUACACUAAGCGGGGAUCCUCUGGGAUCCGUGUCACAGUGUCUCUCGACGUCCCCUACAACGAUACAGGUCUUGAAUGUGUACUCUACUCCGCGAUUGGACAUUGACAACGUACCGCAGAAUUUGCCUGCUGCUUUGUUAGUCGGAGAAGACGCUAUGGUCAGUACGGAGAGUGAAGCGGAAGACAGCGACAUACAGAUCGACGUGUGACAAAGUGUUUAAACGGGGGCGUAAAAUGCCAUAUCGUACCAGGAACAUCGUGGCGAUGAAGCGCCCCUAAAUGCGAGUAAAAAGACGCGCUUGUUGUAAAUAUUAUAUCUGGACCAGAAUCGGUGCAUCGAGCGAAACGAUUUUCAGAAUCAAAAACGCAUGUAAUUACACGAGUUCCCGGAGAGGUGUGAAGUUUAGUUUAGGAAAAAUUAGAUUAUAUAUCGCAUGUCGAAGAGCGGUGAAAGCGGUUCACGUAUAGUUUACUAUUAUUACCUGAAUGCACAUGUAAAUACUUUACACGGUAUGAAAGAGUUACGCGGAAUUUAAGUGGACGCUUGAUCACGAUGACGAUCGAUUUUCUCUCGUGAGAAUUGCUGUUUCUGAUUUUACAUCUACACGCUACUUUGUAUACAAUUCCUUAUGUAGCAUUUUUAAGAUUGCACGAAUGCUCACGAUAUUCCCUCUUCAGUAAGUGUCUAGCUAAUUGUAUCGUAUAAAUGGCAAGUUUCGUCGAAUAUCGAGAUACUUUUCACCCAUGCCUAUUUUGAAUAAUAUCAACAAAAUUCUAUUAGAUAAAUAUAUUUUCUGCACAUUCUGAAAUGGCCUGAUAUGAUAAUCUGCUUGUUUUACAAUUUAUAAAUUGAAAUUAAUUUAGACUGAAACGAGGUGUCUCGUUUUUAACUUGCCAGUUGUAUAUACAAGGACAGAAAGAUCGUUAUCUAUCAUACUGGUUUUUUACAAUUCCGUAAGUAUAGAGAAUAGGGGGAUGUCGUAUGAUAACUUGUUAAAUUUUCCUACAGUUUAGAAACGCAUCGAAAAUGAUAAAUUUACUCUUAGCAAACUUACAUUAAUGAGGAAGUAGCCUAAACGACGAACGAAGAAUAAGAGACCAUACGUAAUUUAAAAAAACAACUGUAAAGGUCGAUUGUUGUUCUAAAAAGUUUUUAGUUACUUGAAAAAAGCAUAUUACUGAUUUAUUAUAUAAUCUGUUUAAGUAGCGUUUUAUUAUCAGGGCCGAAUUUACCAAUUCGGGUACUAAAUUGAUAAGAUUCUAGAGAUAGAACUAAUUUUUGUAAAACAAGACACACACACACACAUAUAUAUAUAUAUAUAUAUAUAUAUAUAAAAUAAUUUUAUUUUUUAUUAUGAUAUAUUACAAGAGAAAAUAAAUGCAUUAUUCAUUUAUUUAACAAGUUUUGCUCCUCUUUAAAUUGAAUCUUUGAAUUGAAUUGUAAUAUCACAAUUAAUUUCGUUUUAAGUGAAUUAUCGAUCGAAUUAUCAAGAUUAAAAAAGGGAGCAAUGGCAUUUAAGCGAUUUUUUGUAAAAAAAGUACACGUAUUUCUGGCUAGAAAUCUUUAUAUAUACUAACUUGCUAUUAUCCAUAAUGCAGUGAUACACAGUAUCAUUGAGCUAGUAUAUCGCAAUAUAUCAAAAGCUAUUUAUUUAUUUAUAUUUAUUUAAUAUUUUUCGUUUUAUUAUUACAUUUUAUGUACAUUGCUUAUUUGUUAUGUAAUAUAGAGAUUAUUUAUAAUAAAUUGUACCAUAACCAUAUGCGAAUAUAUAUGGUUAUCUUUUUUUCUAUGCUGCACCGGUCGCGUAUCUAUAUAGACGGCAGUUAAAUUCAGCCCUGGUUACUGUACAUAUUAUAUAAGACUUACUUUUAUGUAUAAACAGUAUCUUAUCACAAAGAUUCGUAAACUGUAUUUUUUAGAGAUGGUUCUGUUGAAUCAUCUAGGGUAAGUGACGACGAAUUAAAAGAAUUGCGUUAUUCUUAUGCGGAUAUAAUUGAGUGCGUUAAUAAUUCGUUAAACCGUGUGGAACAUCAGUACAAAUUUACCAAGUGUGUAUAAAAGGUAUCUUUUACUUUUGCUCUUUUCGAGCAUCUACGAAUCUAUCAAUCGUCAUAGCAUACACAUUGAUAUAGACAUCGCUCUCACAAUAGAAUAUACACAUUACACAUACAUAAAUGAUCUCAUAGUUGUCUGGUGGUAAUCUACAAUAAGAAAGUUCAUCAAUCACGGGAGGAAGGAAAUAUCGAUAAAUGCACGUACGUAGAGAUUAAUUCUUCUUUAAGUCGGAAAUGAAAAAAUCGGAUAGCGUACAGCGUACGUAAAACAUCGUUUAAACAUAAGGCAAUACGCGUUAAAGCUCAGCAUAAGAUAAAAUUAAUAAGAUAAAUGUAUUUUUGUAUAUGAAAGUUAAUAUUAUCCAUAUUAUAAUAUUGCGUAUAAUUGUUAUUCUCGUUAUUCACUUGGAUGUGGCUUAUUAUUUUGAGAACCUACGUACGUACGAAUGUAUGCAGACAGUAAGUUUAUAAUUAUCCCUGUUAAUUUUGUCUUAUGUAAAGCUAGCGAAAAUUAUUGAAAAUGAGUAGGAAUUAUUUGGAGAUUCACUUCCAUAAGAACAAAGAUGGAAGAUUACGGAUUCUUCAAAACUUUCUACUAUCUUAAUGCAUUUUAAGCGCCGCGCAUAUAUUGAUUACUAUGUUUCAUAUAUGUACAUAAUUCUAUUAAAAAUAAGGCAAAAACGGCAGUUGGGACCUAGCUGUAGCUCAAACGAUACAUUCAGGCAUAAUUGAGGAGUGACUUUUAAACUAUUGAUCAUAACUUAUUUAAUUCUCGGUAAAUUGUGAUAUAGCAAAUAGAUAAUCGCGAUAUAACGUAACAGGCAACAUAAAGUAGAAUAUAUUAACAUGUAAUUCACAUUCCAGUAUUUAGUUUCGGCACUAUUUCCUAUCCUGUAAUACAUAUUUCUGUUAUUCGGAUACAACGCAUGCUUUUAAUACUGACGUAAAUAUUGUCAAAACUCUAAGUAAAAUUAUUCAAAUGAUUAAUAAGAAAAAGUUACUCUUCAAUGAAAGAUCAAUUAUUCGUGAUAUAAUUAAGAUGCGGCGAGACGGUCGUUGUAAAAUACAACUAAUUCUCGAAAGGUGGAUAUUUUAUUGUACCAUCUUGUAUGUAACAUGUAUUAUAGUAUUCGUUAACACUCCUUCUGUUAUUCGACAACUAUCAUGUUGUAUCAUGUACAUCGUGGAGUCAAGGGACACAUGUUUCAGCUAUGUAACUCAACAGAUUAUAUUAAAACUUGUUUUAAAGAGCAAAAACGGGGGAAGAAAAAUGCGAAAGAUGCGAGUUGCAUAUAUUGUCAUGACAUAUAUAGAACUAAUAGAAUAAAAAUAUUUUACAUACCA